GGCCGGGCCCGCGCUUCAUUCUGAGCCGAGGCCGGUGCUGAGCGCGGUUGCUCGGUAGGCGGCGGCGGCGGCGGCGGUGGUGGCCUGAGCUCCGGGCAGCUCUCUCCCCCUCCCGGUCUUUUUCCCCUCCCAGCGCGGCCAGCAUGAAAGCCUUCAGCCCCGUGCGAUCCGUUAGGAAAAGCAGCUUCUCGGACCACAGCCUGGGCAUCUCCCGGAGCAAGACCCCGGUGGACGACCCGCUGAGCCUGCUGUACAACAUGAACGACUGCUACUCCAAGCUCAAGGAGCUGGUGCCCAGCAUCCCGCAGAACAAGAAGGUGAGCAAGAUGGAAAUCCUGCAGCACGUCAUCGACUACAUCCUGGACCUGCAGAUCGCGCUGGACUCGCACCCCGCCAUCGUCAGCCUUCACCACCCGAGGCCCGGGCAGAACCCGGGGUCCCGGACGCCGCUGACCACGCUCAACACCGACAUCAGCAUCCUGUCCCUGCAGACUUGGAUGUGCCGAAUUGCCCGCCACAUCCAGCCAGACACGGACAAAGUAAUUCCGGUGUUGAAGGUCAAGGGUGAAGUCGGGAAAGCUAACGGAAUAAUGUUGGACAUAGAAGCUGCUUUAUAG